CACCGGGAGGUCGGGAGCGGGAGUGACUGACGGCCCCGCAAGCCAAUGGGGGCUCGGGACACCCAGGCCCGCCCUCCUGCACCGGCGGGGCGGGGCGGGGUCCCCCGCGGUGACUGCCAGAGCCAGGGAUGCAAGGGCGAGGUCUGAGUGCACGCCGUCUGGAAAGGGCCCGGUGACACAGAAGGCCCAUGGGGCGCGGGAAGCGGAGGGCCAGUCGCUGGAGGGCCACCGCCUCCGUUCUGGGCCAGUAGGGCGCCGCACCGGCCCCGCCACGCCAUGGCGCGCGGGUUCGUGGCGGGCUUCGACCCCCUGAGCCUGGGAGAACUCAACUCCGGCUCUCUGAGCUCCCUGUCCUCCCGGGGCCACCUGGGCAGCGACUCAGGCUCCACCGCAACGCGAUACCUGCUGAGGAAGCAGCAGCGGCUGCUGAAUGGGCCCCCCCGCGGAAUCCGAGCCUCAUCGCCCAUGGGCCGAGUGAUCCUCAUCAACUCCCCCAUCGAAGCCAACAGCGAUGAGAGUGACAUCAUCCAUGCCGUGCAUGUGGAGAAGAACCCGGCCGGGAGGCUGGGGUUCAGUGUGCGCGGUGGCUCUGAGCAUGGGCUGGGGAUCUUUGUCAGCAAAGUGGAAGAGGGGAGCAGUGCAGAGCGGGCUGGCCUGUGCGUGGGGGACAAGAUCACCGAGGUGAAUGGGCUGAGUCUGGAAAGCACCACGAUGGGCAGCGCUGUAAAAGUACUGACCAGCAGCAGCUGCCUGCACAUGACUGUUCGGCGGAUGGGUCGCGUGCCAGGCAUCAAGUUCUCCAAGGAGAAGACCACGUGGGUGGACGUGGUGAACCGGAGGCUGGUGGUGGAGCGCUGCAGCUCGUCGCCAUCCGACAGCGGCUCGGAGGACGGCAUGCGGCGCAUCGUCCACCUGUACACGACCUCUGACGACUUCUGCCUGGGCUUCAACAUCCGUGGGGGCAAGGAGUUUGGCCUGGGCAUCUACGUGUCCAAAGUGGACCAUGGUGGGCUGGCCGAGGAGAACGGCAUCAAAGUGGGGGACCAGGUCCUGGCAGCCAAUGGUGUCCGGUUUGACGACAUCAGCCACAGCCAGGCAGUGGAGGUGCUGAAGAGCCAGACACACAUCAUGCUAACCAUCAAGGAGACCGGCCGGUACCCUGCCUACAAGGAAAUGGUUUCUGAAUACUGCUGGCUGGACCGAUCCAGCGGCCGGGUGCCGCAGCACCCAUCCUCCGCCUCCGCCUCUGAGAGCAGCUCCAGCGUCUCCUCCUAUGCCUCCAGCGCCCCCUACAGCUCGGGCUCCCUGCCCUCUGACCGCACAGAUGCCUGCCUGGGAUCCGAGGAGCCCAGCGGCCAGGGCCCAGGCUGGGGCCGGGCAGACACUGCCAUGCAGACAGACCCUGACGUGGGUGGCCAUGUGAAGACCUGGUGCAGCGUGCGGCCCACGGUCGUCCUCAGGGACACAGCCAUCCGUGCUGACGGCUCCCUGUCCUCCCGCCACCUUAACACCGUCCUUUCUGAGUCCCCCAAGACUGCUCUGCUGCUGGCCCUCAGCCGGCCCCGGCCCCCCAUCACACGCUCCCGGAGCCAGCUGACACUGUGGGGUGGCAGGGGCAGCCUGCAGGGGACAGGCACAAAGAGGCCUGGACACUGGACGGCGAGAGCCCAACCAAAGCCCGCCCUCGCCUGGACCUGGAGAAAGGGUUCUCGCUUCGGGAUGCCAUGUGCCAGUCCACAGGAAAGGCGUCUCUCCAAAGUGAGGUGGUCACCCCUCGUGCCUCCAUCUCCCUCAGCACCUGCGGCUCUGUGCUUUCCUGCUCCUUGGCCUCUCUGGCCACUUCCAUCUCUCCUCCCAAGGCUCCCUUUCCCUCUGAUCCUUGAAGCAGGGAGCAUGGGGCCGGUGCAGAAGUUUGUCACCUGGAGACUGAGGCGAGACCGGGAGAGGGGCCGGGCCCCUCUGUUGGCCAGGUCUGGGAGUCCCUCAAGCCAGUUGCCCAGUGUGGAGGACCGAGUGCAGGCCUGGGACAGCCGACGGCCCCUCAUCCAGGACCUGGCCCGCCGGCUGCUGACUGAGGACGAGGUGCUGGCUGUCGCUCGCCACUGCUCCAGGUACGUGCAUGAGGGUGGUGUAGAGGACCUGGUGCGGCCCCUGCUGGCCAUCCUGGACAGGCCCGAGAAGCUGCUGCUGCUGAGGGACAUCAGAAGUGUGGUGGCCCCCACAGACCUGGGCCGUUUCGACAGCAUGGUGAUGCCUGCAGAGCUGGAGGCCUUUGAGGCCCUGAAGAGCAGGGCAGUGCGGCUGCCUGCUUUGAGACCAGCCCGGCAGGACACCCCGCCCAGGCGCCAUCUCAUCACCCCUGUGCCUGACAGCCGAGGAGGCUUCUACUUGCUGCCCGCAAAUGGCUUCCCUGAGGAGGAGGAUGGAGAGCUGCAGGAACGCCUGGGGGGGCUCACUGUCUCUGCAAGUGCCUCUGCCUCCUCCUACCCUCAAAAAGGGGUCCCACCUCUCCAAGAUGUGCCAGUCGAUGUCUAUACCCCACACCAAGUCUUGGGAACAUCACCUGCCCUGCUGUCCCCAGUGGCACCUGGGCUACCUCAGCCCAACUGGCUGCUCGCUGCAGCCCUGAGUCCAGAGAAGGCUCAACAGAGCCUGAGCCAGGGCCCAGCCCGCAGCCCCAGCCGCAGCCAGGGUCGAAGCAAGUCCCCUGGGCGCAGGCGCUCCCCAUCCCCGGUGCUUCUCUCCACUGCUAGCGCAGCCAGUGGGCGCCACCACAAGCCUCGGAAGGCCAGACCUCUUCUGCCACCACCUCUGGGUGGGCAGGCGGCCAAGGCUGGGCCCCGGUCAGGGCCUUGGGAGAAUGGUGAUGGCAGGGCAGCUGAGGCGGCAGCCAUGCAAGCCCCUGGUGGGGAGCUGAGGACGGUUACACUCUCCAAGAUGAAGCCAUCCCUGGGAAUCAGCAUUUCAGGGGGCAUCGAAUCCAAAGUGCAGCCGGUAGUGAAGAUAGAGAAGAUUUUUCCGGGGGGCGCUGCCUUCCUCAGUGGGGCACUGCAGGCUGGCUUCGAGCUUGUGGCAGUAGAUGGGGAGAGCCUGGAGCAGGUGACCCACCAGCGUGCGGUAGACACCAUCCGCAGAGCUUACCGCAACAAGGCCCAGGAGCCCAUGCAGCUGGUGGUCAGGGUCCCUGUGCUUGGCCUGCCCACCUCAUCCCCCAACCCACAAGCCCUCACUGAUGGACAUCUUCCUGCUGGCUGUCCUCUUGUCCCCCAGCCCCCUGACCCUGCUCUAGACCCCUCUCGCUGGCUUCCAGAACCUCCUUUGGAGGCCAGGCUCCUCCAGCGGACUGCCCCUUCCCCGACCCCCAAGACUCCCCAGGUCAUUGGGCCCUCUCCCCACCAACCCUCGGCCCUUCCCACUGACAACCCUCACUGACCCGCUGGUGCCUUGGCUUCCGUGACUUCUCCUGUGAGCCUCUUGGGGCUUGGGAACUUCAGUCCUAUUCGUCCUGCCUGUGGUAAACUCUUCCAUGUUGGUGCCCCUCUAGUGACCAGGACUCUGCCCUACCAGAUCGGCUUGGUGUCCAGAUAGGAGCUAGGGAAAGCUUGGUCAGCUGCAUACACCACUCCUUGACUGAAGGGGGUUCAGGGAAGAGGGUCAGGAACUCUGGUUAAGAGCACAGGACCAGCAGGCACUUCUUCAGCGUGCUCCUCCUGCAGCACUGAGGGAUGCAGAUGUCCCGUGCCAGGUAACUGUCCAUGAGAGGGACAGGACAGCGCUGUUCUCCUUCCUUAGACCACAAGGUCACUUCAAGGCCUGUCUGCCAGGACCUGACUGCUGGGUUUCCGUCACAGGGGAGUGGCCAGGAAAGGAUAAAAGGACGGAGCUCACGGAAAUUUUCUCCAGCACGGUCACUUUAAAAAAAUUUUUUUAAAAAUUUUUUCUUUGGGUUUUUACAAGAAAUUUACAGUGUGAAAAAUAUACAAGUGAAAAUGAGGCCAUAAAUCUGGGUACUGGGAAGGUCACAAACACAAAUAAACAAGACAUCUCUGA